AUGCCCAUCACUGACGAUGCUAGUAUGCAGCAGAUGUUGUAUAUUUAUCAACAAACCCGAUCUCACAUGCCGAUGAUAGAGCUGUACGUUGAGUUUGAACAGCAGUCGGGGAUGAGUAUGGUCGGCGACGAGAUCAAUGUUGAUGAGUUCGGGAAUAUAGAUUGGGAAGAAGAUAAUAAUGACAGUGAAGACAAAUUCGAAGCUAACUAUGAAGUCGAUGACGAAAAUGAUGACGGAGACUUGGCAGGCAAUCCGGCGGUGCAAGAUGAAGCAAAUGCGAUUGUAAGCCAGCACCCGUUUGAUGUUUCGUCUUUUAUGCGGACUCUAGAUCUCGAAGCCAUGCAUGCUCCAGAAUUUCCUGAGUAUGUGAAUACAUGUGAAGGCAAUGUUGCGGCGGAAGAUGACGAGUUUAGUGUCGAAAUUGAAUUCAGUUCGAGAGAGUUGGUGAUAUCUACAAUCAAAAGCUACACCAUCUCUAGAGGAGUUGAUUACACUGUGUAUGAGUCUGAGCCCCAGACAUUCUAUGCGAAAUGCAAGGGGUAUGGUGCAGGGUGCGACUGGCUUAUCCGAGCUAGUUUGAUUCGAAAAAAAAUUUGUUGGGAGAUCAGGAGAUACAAUGGCAAGCACACGUGCACCAUGGGCACGAUUUCACAAGAUCAUGCCAAGUUGGACUUAGACACAAUUGCAGAUGCCAUUAGGCCGUUGGUCGAAGCAGACCCCUCGAUAAAGGUGAAGUCUGUUAUUGCAGAAGUUCAAGGCAGGUUCAACUAUACUAUGAGUUACCGCAAGGCUUGGUUGGCAAAGCAGAAAGUUGUCGCAAAAAUUUUCGGUGAUUGGAAAGUUUCUUACCAGACUCUGCCAGCAUGGUUGAAAGCAAUGACAGUGAAGAUGCCAAGGUCUCAUGUUCAAAUUAAAACGCUCCCUGUUUACCGUGAGAGUGAGGAGGUUCAAGGUGUAAUAAUUCUGCACCGCAUUUUUUGGAGCUUCUAUCCGUGUAUUGUAGCAUUCAGACACUGCAAGCCACUGCUGCAGGUUGAUGGCACGCACCUGUACGGAAAAUAUAAAGGAGCAAUUCUGGUAGCGGUUGCACAAGAUGGGAAUCAAAAUAUUGUGCCUAUUGCAUUUGCGAUUGUCGAGGGCGAGACAGUAGACGCGUGGGAGUUUUUCCUAACCAAUUUUGUGGAGAUAUGUUGUUACCAUAUAUGGCCGCCAUAUAAACUGCACAAUAGUUACCAAGAGGCCGAUUAUAAAAACUAUUCUUCUGAAUAA